AUGUGUUAUGCCUUCAACUACUCAGAUGAAGCAGGAUCAUUUGAAGAUGAUGAUGCAAUUUCCGGAAAUAUGAUACUACAAGGCCUGAUUGAAAUGCCGUCAGCAAUAACCUCCACUGUAGAACCGACCGGAAAACCGGAAUUUGUAUUAGCAUUGAGUAUUGUUUUGGUAAUUUUCGUCAUUAUUCUCAUUAUUUCCAUAUUUCUUCUGUUAUAUUGUGUGCUCAAACGGCAAGGAGGAGGAAGAGCAGAACGAAGAAAGCAUGACGAUUAUGAACGAAGACGACAGCAUAGAAUGCGACCAAAGACGAUCGUGACAGAUUUAGCAAGAAAAGCAAAAGUAUCAGAAAUUGCAGCCAGUAUUGAAGCAGCUGUAAAAUCAGCCGAAAGUUCAUCACAAUUACCGAAGCCAUCGAAACAAACACCAUCAUUGACUGCACCACCGCAGUCUUCAGCUGUACUACCAAAGCCAAAAUCGAUAUCAAAAAAAUUACCGCGAACAAUACCACAUACGCAAUCGGAAACUGCGGUAGAAGCACCAUCAGUAUUUAUGAACCAAACAUUUGUAAAUCGUUGGCAUGGUCCAUGGCAACAGAUAGACUAUGAACCAUCCGAUUUUUCAUAUGAAUUGGAAUCGGAUAGUAUUAAUGAUGAUAUUUGCUUGCGUCCAUUAUGA